AUGAACUCUUUGAUUUCUUCCAACAGGAGUCAGGUGCAAGAUGAGAGAAACCAUAGUACCAGAGUGAUUUUUAUCUUGUUGGGCUUCCCAGAAUAUCCAAGCCUACAGAUGCCUCUGUUUCUGGUGUUCUUGACCAUGUACACCAUUUCUGUGUUAGAAAACCUGGGUCUGAUUUUAAUCAUUAGGAUUAACCCCAAACUCCACAAUCCCAUGUACUUUUUUGUCAGCCAUCUAUCCUUUGUUGACUUUUGUUAUGCAUGUGUAAAUACCCCGAAGCUCCUAGAAAACAUGCUUACAGAAGACAAGACAAUCUCUAAGGAAGGAUGCCUAACACAGUUUUUCUUUGGAUGUACCUUUGUGGUAGCACAAACAUUUAUGCUGGCAGUGAUGGCCUAUGACAGGUUUGUGGCUGUUUGUAACCCUCUGCUCUAUACAACUUCCAUGUCUCCUAAACUCUGUGCUCUCCUGGUGAGUGGAAGUUAUCUAUGGGGUGGAUUUUGUUCUGCCACUCUCACACAUUUUCUUUCACAACACUCUUACUGUGGCCCUAACAUUAUAAAUCACUUCUGUUGUGAGCACUCUGCCAUUCUCUCUAUAUCCUGUUCUGAUACUACAAUUAGCCAGUUGGCAUGCCUAAUAAUAUGCACAUUCAAUGAGGCUUUCAGCCUCCUGAUCAUCAUUGUGUCCUAUGUUGUCAUCUUUGUCACUGUCAUCACAAUUCCUACUAAAGGAGCGCUCCAAAAAGCCUUCUCCACCUGUGCCCCCCACCUGACUGCCAUCUCCUUCUGCCAUGGUGUCAUUCUCCUUCUUUAUUGUGUACUCAAGUCUAAGAGUUCACUACUUCUGGUUAAGACAGUCACUGUGUUCUACAGCAUGGUCAUCCCCAUGCUCAAUCCCCUUAUUUAUAGCCUAAGAAAUAAGGAUGUGAAAGACACCAUCAAGAAAUUGAUUCACAUGAAACUGGUAUCUGAUUCAGUCUAG